UUCUAAUGAAAAUUUUCUGAGAAAAAUAAUUCACAUUUCUUCUGAUCAUCAUCAUUCUCAGCCACCCAUUGAGUCACUUCCAGGGGAUCAAUUCUCAAGAGAGAGAGGGAUGCAGAGAGAGUGCUCUAGGGUUAGGGUUUCAAACCAUGGAGCCUUUUGAUUCCGAGAAGACCGCCACGAGAACCAGUGGUGCCACGGCCGCCGCCGCCACCAUCUCUUCUUCAGAGUCUCCCGCAGUCCAAGAUUCCCCCAUCUUUUGUUACAUUAGCACCCUGUCGCCUAUAAAGCCUGUCAAGGCUGCACAUGUAGCUCAUGGAUUUCUAGAUCUUAGUUCUCCGCCUCUUUUGUUCACGUCACCUCGUAUAAAUUCUCCCCAUGAAAAAAGUUCUCUGAGAAGACCUCGACACCCCCAACCAUACACUGCAGAAUUUUCUCAGAGUGAUGAUAAAAGCAAGAAAACAGAUGCUGUUUCAGAUGUAGCUGAAAAAUCUAUUACUCAGUUGAACAGCAGGAUAGUCACUGAUGCUCAGAAGGACUUAAAUAUUCAGGAUUCUAUACAACCCUGUAAAUCCCCAGUCUCUGUUGAACAUAUGGUAGAUCCAGUGGAAGUGGAAUUUGGUGACAAGAUUUAUAUACAAAAAGAUGAGACGAAAAUAAAGGCAUCUCUUGCAUUUUCUGAACAACCUGAGCAGGAGCUUCAGGGGAGGUCAAUGAACACUAAGCUGGCUAAAACUGAAGGAGAGCAAAAUGACGUUGAAAAGCUGUCCGCUGAAUCACCUGAUGUUAAGUCUAGUUUGUCUCUCGAUCAUGCUCCUAAACAACCACAAUGUGAGCAGUCAAUGUGUCAGAUUGUUUGGGCACAUAAUGAUUGCGAUGGGAAUUCCCAAGCAACAUCAAAUGGGGCAGUUGAGAACAAAAUGCUGCAUAAUUCUGAGGCCAGUCAACACCGAGACAUGCUUAGGCGCUGUCUUCAAUUUGAAGAUGCUGAACCAAACCCUACUACAAACAGCCCAAGCUCUUGGAAUUUGACCACUCCUGUAACUAAUUCAAGCUUGCCUGUUAGUGAUUCACCACAUGAAGAAUUGACUGCAGCUUCCUCUGGAAACAAGUCCAUGCAUUUGCCCCAACCGAUGGUCACAUUGCUCUCUUCGCGAAAUACUGGGAAGUCUUUCUUUUCAGUUCCCAAGCCAUCAGGUAUCGGAUUGCACUUGAAUAGCAUUGUUAAUGCUUUGCCUAUGGAUUGCAGUGCAACAGCAAGCAUGAAAUUAGCCGAGAAGAAUUAUUUGAGUGUACAAAGAAUGAACUCAGAAGUUCUUAUGAGCCAUUCCUUAUUUGACGAUAUGAAAGGUAGCACAAUAUCAUCAAAUGGAUUUGAGAAAUCUUCAACUAGCACAGAAGAUGAGAGGCAUGAUACUGAGGGCUCAAUUGGACAAAGUUUAGCUGCAUCCCAGCAUCCCCACAGUAUGAAACCUUUGAGCAGUUCUCUGCUGUUGAAGCGAACUGAGCUUUCUGAAAGUUCCCAUGAUAAGAGGAAGUCUAAUUCUGAACAUGCUGACAAUUUUGAGGAGUUCAACCAAAUAGGCCCCCCAAAAAAGAGGAUGAAGGCAUCUAGCACUGGUGAUGGUGAUGGCUGCAAACGUUGCAAUUGCAAGAAAUCCAAAUGUUUGAAACUCUACUGUGAAUGUUUUGCUGCUGGAAUGUAUUGUAGUGAGCCUUGUGCUUGCAAUGGGUGCUUCAAUAAACCUGAAUAUGAAGAUAAAGUUCUUGAGACACGGCAACAAAUUGAGUCACGAAAUCCACUUGCAUUUGCUCCAAAGAUUGUACGGAGGAACAACCUAACUCCAACAAUCAGUGUGGAAGAAGGAAAUUAUCUGACACCAUCCUUGCCAAGACACAAGAAAGGGUGCAAUUGCAAAAGGUCAAUGUGUCUUAAAAAAUAUUGCGAGUGUUACCAGGCUAAUGUUGGAUGCUCUGAUGCAUGCCGGUGCGAGGGAUGUAAAAAUGCUUAUGGUAGGAAGGAAGAUUAUGAUUUGAUUAGCAAUGUGGGGAAAAGUGCAUCAGAUGAAAGAUUGGCAGACACAUGUGAUGAGGAGAAGCUAGAAAUUGCAGCCUUCCAGAAUAAUUUCUUAAACACUGAGCUGUGUAAUCCCCAAAACCUUACCCCCGUGACACCAUUGUUCCAGUGCCUAGAAAUGGAUGGAUCAAAAUUCCAGUUACCCUCGAGAAGACAUGCCCCAUCACCUGAAUCUGAUGUUACCAUCUUCUCAUCUUAUGAGAAAUCUCCAAGAUCUCCAAGAAAUUCAGAUACCAAUCAUUCGCACCUGAAAACAGGAGAAAUGCUGGACAUGGAUUCAUGUCAUCAAGAAUCAUACCAUGGUAGAGCAGCGGUGGAUCCAGUCACUCCAAGAUGUGCGCUUGCAAAUAUAUGCCAUCUUGCUCCACUGCCAAAUGUUCCUAGAACUGCUUUGGCUUCUUCAGCUUUAUCCAAAACAAGACAAUGGAUUACUUCUUCACAAUCCCAAUUGUGUCCUGAAAGUAGCCGUCCCUCAUCAAGUGGCUCCCUUCGUUGGCGUAGUUCCCCAAGUACUCCAAUGAGUCAAUUAGGCACAGCCAAAUUUCUCCAGGGGCUUGACUUCAAUAAGAGGCUUUGUGACAUAUUGGAAGAUGACAUGCCUGAGAUAUUAAAGGAUGCCCCAGCCCCUACUGAGGCUGUGAAAGUGAGCUCCCCAAAUAGGAAGCGUGUUUCUCCUCCUCAUGGUUGCUUGCAGCAGCUUGAGUCAAGCUCUUCAGCUGGCUUGAGGAGUCGCAAAUUUAUAUUGCGGUCCAUACCUUUCCCACCACUCACACCUUGCAUCAAGCCUAAAAGCAGCAGCAAUGAGAAUAAAAUUGAUCAACAUGAAAGUGCCAGAAAAUAGCUAGUGGCAUAGGAUGAGGCAAGCUCAUAUCAUGCUUUUUCUCGGAAAUAUUGUUUCGAACUCCUAACAACUUUGCAUGAUGACGGCUGAUCACUGCCUGCCAUUGCGGCCUCUGCAUUUAUUGGUAACUGGCACUGGGGCAGAAUUUGGUGUCAUACAUGGAUUGGAAGAUUGCCAGGUUUGAUAUAAGCAACCUUUUUUUUUUAUAUGUAUAUUCAUAGGGAUGAUUUAACUCACAAUUACUUAUUAUAUUUAAUAGGAACUGAAGUGGCCACAUGUUCGAAUGAGUAAUGCGCAGAAAUGGAAUAGACAAUCUCGUUAUGUUUGCAUUUAGUCUCACCUUUUUAGUUGUUUUUUCAUCCCAAUUGGAUGUUAUUAGCUUUAAGCUUUAGCUGCAAAUGUGGAACCAAUGGAUACUCCACCCAAUUUGGUAGUAAGGAUCAAUAUUUUUUUUUUUUUUCAAAAUGGAAAAGUUGAAUGAAUUGUAUGGAGAUUUUUUUGGCAAAUGGAUUAUUGAUCAUUCUUUGUGAGCAA